GGGCGCUAGGAUCCGGUUCAGGCAGUUGUGUCAUUGUGAGAAAAUGCCGGUUGCUGAGUCAUGAAAUACGUCGCUCCACGCAAGCAGCAAGAAGAAUAAGGACAGUUUACUAGUGGAUACAACAAGAUGGCCAUUAUUGUUAUUUUUGACUUGUAAAAUCUCUUUGCGUAAAACUAGUUAUUUGUUGGGAGCUUCAAUUCACUAAAUUGCUUUCCAGGACCAGCUUGUCUUGAGAAUCUUCCAGCCACCAUGGUAGCAGUGCAAAGCUACUGUGAAGCCAGCGCUUCCAUCUCCGAAGCCUGGCUGGAGGGCGGCAUCUCGCCCUGCUUCUACUUCACCCUGGUGCCCACCGUCCUGCUUACCCUCUCCUUCUUCUUCGGCACCUUCCACUGCGUCUGCUACCGCCGCUACGGCACCGAGAUGGAGCCCAAGUUCGUUCCGCGCUCGCGCCUCUAUGACCUCCAACUGGCAGUCUCCCUGCUCCUCCUGCUGCAGUUCCUGGGGGGGCUGGUUUGGAGGGCGGCCGGAGGAGGGGAGCUCCCUGGCUACGUGGUGCUGUACGGCCUUCUGUCCAUGCUGGGCUGGGCCUGGGCCGUGGCCCUGUUAAGGCUGGAGAGGAGGAGGGUGCUGGUGAGGGACCGGACACGUGGCCACAGCACGGUGCUGCUGCUCUUCUGGGCUGUGGCAUUCUCAGCGGAGAACCUGGCCUUCGUCUCCUGGGCCAGUCCCUACUGGUGGUGGGGCCUGGAGAACACACAGCAGCAGGUGGAAUUUUCUCUGUGGUUGAUGCGCUACGUCGGCACGGGCACACUCUUCUUCCUGGGCCUGAAGGCCCCGGGAUUACCACGGAGACCGUACAUGCUCCUGAUCAACGAGGACGAACGCGACGUGGAGGGCGGCACUGGCCAGCUCCUGUUGGAUGGGGCAGAGGAAUCCCAGUCUACCUGGCAUGACUUUGGGCAGAAGGUGCGUCUGCUGGUGCCCUACAUGUGGCCCAGAGGCAGCAUGCUGUUACAGGGCCUGGUGCUCCUCUGCCUGUGCCUGCUGGGUCUGGAGAGGGUCAUCAAUGUCUUUGUGCCCAUCUACUACAAGAACAUUGUGAAUGAGCUGACUGAUGGAAGCAGCUGGAAGACCUUGGCCACCACUGUGUGUGUCUACGUCUUGCUCAAGUUCCUGCAAGGUGGAGGGGCAGGUGCGUCCGGCUUCGUCAGUAACCUGCGCUCCUUCCUGUGGAUCCGCGUGCAGCAGUACACCAACCGGGUGGUGCAGGUGCGUCUGUUCAGCCACUUACACUCACUGUCUCUGCGCUGGCACCUGGGCCGACGCACCGGGGACGUCCUGCGAAGCAUUGACCGCGGCACCUCCUCCAUCAACAGCCUGCUCAGCUACAUUGUAUUCAGCAUCUUCCCCACCAUCGCAGAUAUCGUCAUCUCCAUCAUCUACUUCAUCACCUACUUCAACGCCUGGUUCGGACUCAUCGUAUUCGUCUGUAUGUUCCUCUACCUCACUCUUACCAUCAUCAUAACAGAAUGGAGGACCAAGUACAGGCGAGACAUGAACACCCAGGACAACAACGCAAAGUCCAAGGCGGUGGACUCCCUGCUCAACUUUGAGACGGUGAAGUACUACAACGCAGAGAAUUACGAGGUGAACCGUUUUGAGGACGCUAUUCUGAAGUAUCAGAUCUCAGAAUGGAAGACACAAGCAUCUCUGGCCUUCCUGAACCAGACACAGAACUUGAUCAUCGGUUCAGGCCUAUUGGCCGGGUCACUGCUGUGUGCCUACUUUGUCCAGGAGGGCAAGUUUAAGGUUGGAGACUUUGUUCUCUUCGGCACCUACAUCAUCCAGCUCUACACCCCUCUCAACUGGUUUGGAACCUACUACAGAAUGAUCCAGAGCUCCUUUAUCGACAUGGAGAGCAUGUUUAAGCUCUUUACAGAGGAAGAGGAGGUCAAGGAUGCGGUGAACGCAGGGAACCUUCUCUAUAAACUGGGAAAAGUGGAGUUUGAGAAUGUAUACUUUAACUACACUGACGGGAAGGAGAUCCUUAAGGAUGUAUCAUUUACUGUGCAGCCAGGCCAGACUGUUGCAUUGGUUGGCCAGUCAGGGUGUGGUAAGAGUACCAUCCUUCGCUUGCUCUUCCGUUUCUACGACGUCCAGGGAGGAUGCAUCCGCAUCGAUGGCCAGGAUAUCUCUAAGGUGAAGCAGGUGUCUCUGCGUGCCCACAUCGGCGUGGUGCCCCAGGACACGGUCCUCUUCAACGACAACAUCCGCAACAACAUCCGCUACGGACGUAUCUCUGCCAGCGACCACGAAGUGGAGGAGGCGGCAAUCGCCGCGGACAUUCACGAGAAGAUCCAGACGUUCCCAGAAGGAUACGACACCCAGGUGGGCGAGAGGGGUCUGAAGCUGAGCGGGGGGGAGAAGCAGAGGGUGGCUAUCGCCCGCACCAUCCUCAAGGCCCCUCAGAUCAUCCUGCUGGAUGAGGCCACAUCUGCUCUCGACACACAGACGGAGCGCAACAUUCAGGCGUCGCUCACCAAAGUGUGCUCCAAUCGGACCACCAUCGUCGUGGCUCACAGGUUGUCGACCAUCAUCGGUGCCAACCAGAUUCUUGUACUAAGUGACGGUCAGAUAGCAGAGCGAGGACGGCAUGAUGAGCUGCUAGCUAAGGAAGGGUUGUACUGUGACAUGUGGAUGAAGCAGCAACAGGCACAGGACUCCGACUCAGCCUCUGACACCGAAGCCAAAGACAGGAAGUCUGAGAAACUACAGCCCCCAUCAGUCACUGCAGGCCACAGGAGCCACUGAGUCUUGAGUGAGAGGUCAAGAAUAUGUAGACAUUGUGAGGAGACAGAGGAGGACAAAAGUCUGUUUUGUAUUUUUUAGGGUAUCCGUCCAUCGAGGUUAAUUCUGUUAUGAGUAAAAUUUUAAGCACAUAUUUAUUGGGUAUUUUAUGUUUGAUCAUUCAAUCAAAAUGUUUGUACAGUGAAUGCCUCAGGCCAGUUGUUUUUAAGUGUAUUCAGGAUCGUGUUCAUUAGGUUAAUUAACAGAUGUUUUUUUUUUUUUAAGUAGUCCCCCCCCCCUUUCUGCAAGUUAUGGGCACGUUUAGAAGCCAAAUGUUCCCUCCCCUUCCAAAAUUUUAACGAUGCAAACACCUGCAAAAUCAUGAUUUCUCCAAAUGAUCCGUGGCUGUUGUCUCAUCCCACAGUCUGUUGAAAAACACUACUGUACCAGUUAUGUUACGUGCGUCUGUGCAUGAGUGAUUAGUGCCGACUGAUUCAGUAUAAUCCGUCUUCUUGCUGUCUGAAGUCGUUUGAUUGCAGCCGUCCACAGAAGCGGCAGCAAGUCCAAAGUAGACGAAUACCUUAAGCGCAGGUAUCGGCAGUUUGGCACAGUCUCACGACACUUUAAAUGGUUGACUAAUGUUUAGGGGUUGAGAAGUGAAUUUGUUGUAUUUACAGCAGAUCUUAUUGAACAGGUUCAUUGUAAAUGAGAUUUUUAGAGCUGCAUCAAUUUUACUCAAAUCAGACUUGGGUAUUGUCAUGUACAGUACAGUCUAGGUGUUGACUGAUACAUGUAAAACUUUGAAUUGUCACCAAUGGUGAUCAAUAAGAACUACUGGCAGUAUAUUAAAGAGAACAGAAUCGAUAGAAUUUACAAAAUUAGUAGCGGAAAAGCAAACCUUUAUCUAUGAAUGAACCCAAUCCUCAAGCCUGUAUGCUGCUACCCGUUUUGAGUACAGAACUACUGUCAAGUGUAUCUUUAUUUUAAUGGAAGAAAUUAGUCUGUUUGAAUUUGUAAAUAUCUAUGCCUUGCAUUCCCAAGGCAGUGUGGAGUUUGUCAGUAUCUGUUGAUAAUAAUCACACUCCAUUUAUUCAUUGUCAAAUUCUGUUUAAUUGAUUUUAAAAAGGGCCAUAAGGGAAGAUAUAGCCAUUUAGCUGAACUUUAGUUUAUUUGAGAGAGAAUGGGGACUUUAAAUCUAUGUUAAGUCUCCUAGGGUUACAGGUUUGGGGUUGAAUUGGAAACUGUCUGCAUUAAUCAAGGGGACGUGAAAACUAACAUACUUACCAUCCAUAUAGUGCAGAGCAGACUUUACAUCAUGAAAAGUUAUUGCAGACUGUGAAAUAAAUAGAUGAAUCUCAAAUGCAUUUGAGCAUUUGUGACUGCAGAAGUAAUACCAAAGAGCUAGAGUUGUUCUGCUACCAAAUAAUUGCUCCACCACUACAGCAGUCAAUCAUUUGUAGGUGUACAAUGUGCACAAAUUGGUGCAGUCAAAUUAUUUACACUAAUGCACCAUGAAUUUGAAAUGUUAUCUGUGACAUGAGUGACAUUGACACCACAGGAGGUUGGUGGCACCUUCAUUGGGGAGAACGGGCUUGUGGCAAUGGCUGGAGCGGAUAGGUGGAAUGGUAUCAAAUACAUGUUUGAUGCCGUUCCAUUUGUGCCUUCCAGAAAUGUUUGUAAAGAUAUUAACUGCUUUGACACAAUGUCAAACAUUUUUGAAAUGUGAUUUGGGGGCAUAGUUUGUCUGUAGUGUGAUCUUUGCCUUUGGAAGAGUGACCAUGUGUGUGGGUGUGACAUCUGUCCAUGCCUGGAAGUCAAAUACAUCAAUGGUUUGUUUUUUCUUUGUAUAUAUGUUAAUAAAUUGUAUAAUUAAAGAUGUAUAAUGACAAA